AUGGAAGCGGAAGCAUGUGCAGAGCGUUUUCUAUGGUGCUUCGCCCGCUACCACUGGUGGCCCGACGCUAUAACGAGCGAUAGGGGCUCGAAUUGGGUAGGCCGCUUUUGGAGGCACAUGUGCAAGUUACUGGGGAUCGACCAGCAGCUAAGCACGGCGUACCACCCCCAAACCGACGGAGGCCCUGAGAGGAUGAACCAAGAAGUACAGGCAUACCUCCGCGCCGUGAUUAACCAGAACCAGAACGACUGGGAUAAGUGGGUUCCCGCGGCUCAGAUGGCGUUAAACGGUCGGGUCAAUACCUCUAUAGGGAUGUCCCCAUUCUUCGCUAUACACGGCUAUGAGCCGAAGUCACCAGUUCCCCUCGUUACGGAAGCAUAUGCGGAAGAGUAUCCUCAGCAUUCGCCAGAAACCAGGGCAAAGAAAUUUGUUACCAAACUACAACAGAUUACGGACCUCUGCCAAGCAUCAAUGGCGACAGCUACGCAGCAACAAGAACGCUUCGCUAACAGACGACGGAACGCGGCAGAACGCUUCGAAGUAGGCGAUAAGGUUUGGCUUGACUUACGGAACUACGCGUCAGAGCGACCUAAGAAGAAGUUCGACUGGCUGCACGCUAAGUAUACGAUAAGCAAGGUACUCGACCCGUACACGGUUGAACUAGCAGACCUCCCGAGGGCUGCUAUAAUAGGUUCCACGUCGACCAACUCCGGAGAGCGGGGACGGACCCAAUGCCUGGUCAGCAACGCACAGACGCUCAACCCCCAUCUAUCCAAGUAG